CACAAGGUCUCGGGACGUGGUGUUUUAAUACAUCCUGUGAAUAAUAAUGAUUUCUGAAACAUAGCUACAACGUGCACAUUAUAUCUACCGAACCUUGCUUGCAGGUUUCAACACGGGUAUUGACAAGCGUGCCCAGAACAACACGGACAAGCCCACAUCCAGUGCUAUCGUCUGGACAUACACGGACGUUGAGGAAACCCACCAAAGUUGGAAUAUUAAUGUCCAAGCAACUGCCCGCCUGCUGAGCUGCAGCACCUCCUUCAAACAGUUUAAGAUAGUUCUGCUGCAUGAGUGCCUGCUCCUGGUCAAAGUUUUCCUGCGCAAAUGAUUGCUCCUGUUGGUCCUCCAACAUUUGCUGCUGUUCAGCAUACUGGUACUGGCACUGCUGGCUGGUAGCCCUGACUGCAGCUGUGUGUCAGAUUUACUCGGUACUCAUACUGGUACUGCUACUGUUCAGCAAACGGGUACUGCUGCUGUUCCACCUGCUGUUCAGCAUACGGCUGGCUGGCAACAUACUGGUAGGGUGGGUAUCCAAGUACUGCAGUGCUAGUUACAGAAAU